CCUCACUUGCAGUUCGGUGCGCGGUCUGUUAACAGCCGAUUACAAGUACUCUACCAUAUUCUUUUGAAAAGGUUUAAAAGAAUAAAACAAAAUGUCUCUCGCUGAUCCCGUUGCCUUUAUGAAGGAUUUCCUCGCUGGAGGUAUUUCCGCCGCUAUUUCAAAAACAUGUGUAGCUCCAAUCGAACGUGUAAAAUUGCUUUUGCAAGUACAACACAUCUCCAAGCAAAUCGCUGAGGAUCAGCGUUACAAGGGUAUGGUAGACUGCUUCGUACGUAUCCCAAAGGAACAGGGUGUUCUUGCAUACUGGCGUGGUAACACCGCUAACGUCAUCCGUUAUUUCCCAACCCAAGCCCUCAACUUCGCCUUCAAAGACAAAUACAAGCAGAUCUUCUUGAGCGGAGUAGACAAAAAGACACAAUUCUGGCGUUACUUCUUAGGUAACUUGGCCUCUGGUGGUGCCGCCGGAGCUACCUCCCUCUGCUUUGUAUACCCACUUGAUUUCGCCAGAACCAGGUUGGCCGCUGACGUCGGUAAAGGUGCCGGUGAACGUGAAUUCUCUGGUUUGGGUAACUGCUUAGUCAAAAUCUUCAAAGCUGACGGUUUGGGAGGAUUAUAUCGUGGAUUUGGUGUAUCAGUACAAGGUAUCAUUAUCUACCGUGCCGCUUUCUUCGGUUUCUACGAUACUGCCAAGGGUAUUUUGCCCGAUCCUAAGAACACUCCUCUUGUAGUUUCAUGGGCUAUUGCACAGACUGUAACCACUGUUGCUGGUAUCAUCUCAUAUCCCUUCGACACAGUCCGUAGGCGUAUGAUGAUGCAGUCUGGACGUAAGAAGACCGAAAUUAUCUACAGAAGCACUGCUCACUGCUGGGCCACAAUCGCCAAGACCGAAGGUACCGGUGCCUUCUUCAAGGGCGCUUUCUCCAACGUCCUCCGUGGUACUGGUGGAGCUAUUGUAUUGGUCAUGUACGACGAAAUCAAAAACUUGAUCGUGUAAUUUGUUUUUCAUUGCUACAAGGAUCGCGCAUCAUUAUCAACACUCCAAUCGAUUUUUCCUAGGAAAUAUUUAGCCAAAUUCGAUGAUAUAUUCUUCUAGCCGUGCUUGUUUCAAACCAUUCCGGGUGGAGGCGGACCAUUUUAGAGACCUUUAGUGGAGCUCACUGAAAUGGUUUUGCUGUCACCCCACCCCUUGCUGAGCACGACUUGAAGAAGAAUGUAUAUAGUUGUACAUUUAUUUAUUUUUUUGAUUGCCGUAAGUAAGUUCAACAUCCUCGCCCGGGCGAAGUAUAGACUAUAUUUUUGUCAUUCAGAGACUGCGAAUAUUGCUGUUUCUUUGUCGAGUUCAUGUAGAGUUAAUCAUUUUGAGUUGUGCGGAUCGCAAAUAAUGUACCGUUGUUAUUUUUGGUUAAAUAUAACUAAAAUAUUCUUUAAACAUUGUAUCAUCAUUUCAUUGAUGGUUAAUAAAAAACAAAAAAACCGAUUUGUUUG